ACGGGAGUGAACACACGAGACUUUACGGUUUGGGAGUGUAUACACGAGACUUUACGGUAACGGGAGUGUAUACACGAGACUUUACGGUAACGGGAGUGUAUACACGAGACUUUAGGGUAACGGGAGUGUAUACACGAGACUUUAGGGUAACGGGAGUGAACACAUGAGACUUUACGGUUUGGGAGUGUAUACACGAGACUUUACGGUAACGGGAGUGUAUACACGAGACUUUAGGGUAACGGGUGUGAACACAUGAGACUUUACGGUUUGGGAGUGUAUACACGAGACUUUACGGUAACGGUAGUGUAUACACGAGGCUUUACGGUAACGGGACUGAAUACACGAGACUUUACGGUAACGGGAGUGAACACAUGAGACUUUACGGUUUGGGAGUGUAUACACGAGACUUUACGGUAACGGGAGUGUAUACACGAGGCUUUACGGUAACGGUAGUGUAUACACGAGGCUUUACGGUCGUGUAACUGUGGUCGAGUGUCGGAGAUUGACGCGCAUAUGGAGUCGAUAUUAAACUGCAGAUCGGAAGAUUUGGAGGAUUAUUAUGGGCUGCUCGGAUGUGAUGAACUCUCCACGACGGAGCAGAUUGUUAAUGAGUUUAAAGUUCGAGCUCUGUCCUGUCACCCUGACAAACACCCAGAAAACCCCAGAGCAGUCGAGGAGUUUCAGAAGUUACAUCAAGCUAAAGAAGUUCUGACAGAUGAGAAGAAACGAAAGCAUUAUGAUCUCUGGCUCAGAAGUCAAAUUAAAAUGCCAUUCAGCGAGUGGCAAGCGCUCAGUGACUCUGUUAGAAUGUCGAUGCACUGGGCUGUUCGGGGUAAAAAGGAGCCGAUGCUGGAAGCUCCCAUAGACCCAGAACAUCAAGAAACUCCAUCAGAGAAACAACACGAGACAACUUCUGGUCACCUGCCAUCAAGUAAGAUUACAAGAAUCAUAAAAACACACAAUGAGCCAGUUUUGUUGUGCUUUACAGUUGUGAUGUGUGUGUGUUUGACAGGUGAUUAUUGGCAUCACAGGUUCCGCUGGGCCGCUGAAGCUCCUUCAGGCCUUUUAAAGAAGUUCAGGAACUAUGAAAUAUGAAGAUUCAUCCGUCCUCUUGUCAUCUCUUCUUGGCUUUUGUGUGUUUGUCUUCUGUGAUACGUAUAUCACAACAGCUGAAAAAUGUAUGCUUCAUCAUUCAUGUCAUCAUUUUAUUGGUCAGCUAAUAAGUGUUUGAAUUAAUGUUCAGGUGCUGAAGAUUUAAAUUGAUGCCGUUGUGCAGAGAUCAUCUGGAAACAACAUGUUUUUACACAAAAAUAUUGUGACGAUAUGAUUUGUUGAAUGGUCUACCGGCACAUCAUAAAGCUCAAUAACUGUAACUGUUUCUUUUAUAAUGAAUUCAUAUUUGUAGUUACAUUAGAAUCGAAAGUGUCUAUUUUCUUCUUUUUGUCUUUAUAUUUUUGUCUUGAUAAACACGAAGCUCAUGCGGUCAGUGAUUUACAUAAAUGUUUGUGUUCAUGUAUUUUUGUAUUGUGUGCUUUUGAGUGUCUUGACAUCUGCGUCAGACAAAAAUAAAACAAACUAUUUUGGAUCUUGACAAACUGUUUACUUUUUUACAUAAAAAUAAAACAAGCUCACUCGCU